UAAUUUAUGAUAGUCCUAUGUGGCAUUUACUAAUUGUGAACAUUCAUAGGUUGCUUGUAUCUGACUAUCUAUAUCUUGGAAUCGUUGCUCGUGUAUGUUAGGACCACUGACAGAGAAGUGAAGAGGUCAGGUGUAGAAUACUAGAUAAGCAUGGCAAUUCGAUUGACGAGGUAGUAAAUCCUCAUCAACUGAGGUUGUCGCAACGUUUGUUAUGUAUGGCUAAACGUUCAGACAUAGUACUCGUAGCAGGUGACUUUAAUGCCCAGGUAGGUAGCUUAAACGAAACAGAAAGACAUUUAGGUGGGUAUUUUAUUAUUCCGGCACAGAGAACAGAUAAUGGUGAUCGUCUGCUGCAACUGUGCUCAGACAACCGUUUAUUUUCAGCAAACACAAAUUUCAAGCUUAAGGAGAGACACUGUCUAACAUGGCGACCCCCUACACCAUAUCAACGAUGGACUCAAAUAGACCAUAUUGCCAUCAGUCAUCGUUGGAGAGGGUCAAUAGAAGAUUGUCGCUCAUUCUGGAGUACCUGUGUGGACUCCGACCAUGCCCUAAUACGAGCAGGCAUGUGCUUGCGCCUUACUGGACGCAAAAAAGCCACAUUAAAAGGACCCAAUAGAACUGAACUGAGUAACGAGGAAAGCAAAAGUAGGUUCCGGGAACAACUGAGGUCACACUUAGGUAGUUCUGAAAAUGAGGCUGAUCCAGAUGUUGCUCAGAAAGAUAUACCAUCAGCUGUGGAAACAGCACUGACAUCUACUAAUGACUUAAACCAAAGGGUUACUAAGUACCAAUGGAUUUCUUCAAGGUCUAUUGCACUGAUGGAUUCGCGUACUCAUCCCAUCAGGCUCUGAACAC